UUUGAAGGGAGGAGGAAAAAAACGAGCGUGCUUUUACUUCCCUUUGUUCUGUGGACGGCCGUGGCCAGCGACACCUGCCCCCCAAGGUUUCCCCCGUACACACUGUCCGCUGGCCGGUGCUGCAAGGAGGGUGGCCAGCACAGUGGUCAGCCCGCCGUGCCUCGGCCAGGAUACUGACCCGAAGUGAAGGGAGCCAUUGCCGGAAUUAUUGACGCCUGAGCUGUGAGAGGCAGGAGAGGCGAGGCGGCGCAGGAGAGGAGCACGAUGGGGGUCAAGAAUGGCGGGGCCUCGGGGUCCCAGCAGAGCCUCAACGACAACGCCUCCACCAGUUCCGAGCCGUUCGUGGACAUGGUCGAGGCGCCUUCCGACAUCGUGCUGACGGAGGCGGAGCGGAAGUUCCUCCUCUUCGUGCAGCGAGGAGAUGUGGCCUCCGUCAGACGCCAUAUAGAGGCGUUCAGGGACAAGCCGCAGGAGUUGGACAAGGACUGCAAGGAUCCGCUGGGCCGCUCCUCCAUCUCCGUGGCCAUCGAGAACGAAAACUUGGACCUCCUGGAAUGUCUGCUCGAUUUCGGAGUGAAGCCGAAGGACGCCCUUCUCCACGCCAUCUCCGAGGAGUAUGUGGAGGGAGUGGAGGUCCUUCUGGCUCAUGAAGAGAAAGUCCACAAAAAGGGAGAUCCAUAUAGCUGGGAGACCAUGACGCGCGACACGGCCACCUUCACCAAGGACAUCACGCCCCUCAUCCUUGCCGCUCACCACAACCACUACGAGAUUCUGAAGCUGCUGCUGGAUCGAGGUGCGUCGCUCCCCAUGCCCCACGAUAUCAGGUGUGGGUGUGACGAUUGCCUGGUGUCGACGGAAGAGGACUCGCUGCGCCAUUCACUGUCCCGCAUCAACGCAUACAAGGCCCUCGCGUCGCCCUCCCUCAUCGCCCUCUCCUCCAAGGACCCGAUCCGCACCGCCUUCGAACUCUCCGGGGAGCUGCGUCGCCUUCAGGGCAUGGAACACGAGUUUAAGACCGAGUACAUUACACUACGAAAGCAGGUGAUGAAGUUCUCUUCGGAGCUGCUCGACCAGACGAGGACGAAGACCGAACUCGCCAUCAUGUUGAACUACGACCCCGACGGCGACGUGUGGAACGAGGGCGAAGUGAACUCCUUGGAAAGACUCAAAAUGGCUAUCAAGUACUCCCAAAAGUCGUUCGUGGCUCACCCCAACGUGCAGCAGCUCCUCGGCGCCAUCUGGUACGACGGUCUGCCAGGGUUCCGUCGCAAGGACAUGGUCAACCAGUGUAUCGAAGUGUUCAAGCUCGCCGCCAUGUUCCCCGUGCUGUCCAUGGCCUAUAUGUUCUGUCCCAACUCCGAUAAGGGCAAGUUCCUCAAGAAGCCCUUCGUCAAGUUCAUCACCCACUGCGCUUCCUACAUGUUCUUCCUGAUGUUGUUGGCCUUGGCGUCGCAGCGGAUCGAGUACCUUCUGAUCGAGUGGUUCGGCAACCGGUGGCUCCGCUCCCUCCUCGAGGAGUGGAAGAUGAAGGAACGCGGCAGUUUACCGGGCAUAGUGGAGCUGGGCAUCAUUAUGUAUAUCUUCAGCUUGAUAUGGGCCGAGAUAAAGUCCCUGUGGUCUGACGGCGUAAUGGAGUACAUCAAGGACCUGUGGAACAUCAUCGAUUUCAUCACCAACUCGUUCUUCAUGACGUGGGUGUUGCUGCGGACCACCUCCUUCUUCCUGGUGCAGCUGGACCUGUACCGGGGGCUGUGGCCGUACUACCCCAGGGAGAUGUGGCACGCGUUCGACCCCAUGCUGCUCUCCGAGGGAUGCUUCGGUGCCGCCAUGAUCUUCAGCUUUCUCAAACUGGUCCACAUCUUCAGCGUCAACCCUCACCUCGGGCCGCUGCAGAUCUCUCUCGGCCGCAUGAUAUUCGACAUCAUGAAGUUCUUCUUCUUGUACACUCUCGUGCUGUUUGCCUUCGGUUGUGGUAUGAAUCAGCUGAUGUGGUACUACGCCGAGCUGGAGAUGAAGAAGUGCUACUCGCUCCCUGGAGGCUUACCUGACACGGAGAAUGAGGAUCAGGCGUGCUUCAUCUGGCGACGCUGGGCAAACCUGUUCGAGACCUCCCAGUCCCUGUUUUGGGCCUCGUUCGGUCUCGUUGAAUUGGACGCCUUCGAGCUGGUGGGCUUGGGCUCCUUCACGCGGUUCUGGGCCAUGCUCAUGUACGGCUCAUACUCCGUGAUCAACGUCAUUGUGCUCCUCAACCUGCUGAUCGCCAUGAUGUCCAACUCCUACAACAUGAUCCACGAACGGUCGGACACUGAGUGGAAGUUCGCGCGCACGAAGCUCUGGCUCAGCUACUUCGAGGAUGGAGGCACCGUGCCGCCGCCCUUCAACAUGAUUCCCACGCCCAAGGGGGUCAUGCGCGCCCUUGGGGUUUCCGGCAAAAAGAUGAGAGGCUCCGUCAAGCUCAAGUCCAAGAAGAUCGCGGACCAGAGGCACAUGAACGUGAUGCGACUCCUGGUGCGUCGCUACAUCACGGAGAUGCAGCGGAAGGCGGACGAGAAGGGCGUGACGGAGGACGACAUUAACGAGGUGAAACAAGAUAUCUCCACCUUCAGGUAUGAGCUAAUCGACAUCCUGAAGAAUAACGGCAUGAACACCUCCAUGGUCAACGCUGAGGACUCCUCUGUGGUGGGCAAGAAGGGUCGUGCCAUGGAGCGGCGCCUCAUGAAGGGCUUCAACAUUGGCAUGGUGGAGGGUAUCAUGACGGAGAUCCUCACCUCGGACAAGAAGCCCAAGAACAUCUUCGGCAAGCUGGCCCGAGCCAUGGGCAAGAAGAAGAAGGAGGACUGGAACGCCAAGGUGUCGCGGGCCUCUCUACGCAGGGACCAGAUCGGCUCCUCACAAACCAGCCUCAGGCGCUCCAGGACCUCCAUCAGGCGACGCAUCCAGCACGAGAACGAGAUGCUGCUCAAGACUCUCAAUCCAGAAAAGAUUGUCGAAUACAACCCCAACCUCGAGGACUACUCGGCAACCACGCGUGUCGCCUACGCUAGGUUCAAGGUCAACACCCUCAAGAAGGAGAAGGAGAAGCAGCUGGCAGCCGAGAAGAAGGCGGAGGUGCAGCAGAAGGCGAGCACUGCCAACCAGAAGCUGGAGGUGGAAAAGAAGGUCGAUGCAUCAGGCAAACCGUUCCAGUCACGCUCCCCGUCCCCACAUGUGGGCUCCAAGAGCCCCAGUCCCGGCCCUGCCCCGUCCAGCCAGGCACCCAAACCGCCCGCCACCCAGACCCCCAAACCCCCAUCCACCCAGACCCCCAAACCCCCAGCUACCCAGACCCCGAAGGCACCCGCCAGCCAGGCCCCUAAGCCGCCCAUGAAACAGAAUAUCAGGCCGCCAUCUCCUCAGCCUCCUCCAGCCCCCAGCACCGCUGCUCCCAGGCCCCCGGGACCCGCUCCCGGCAAAGUGUCUGUUCCUGCCGCCUUCCAGCAGCAGCAGCAGCAAGGUCCGCCUGCUGGAGCCCCGCCCCGCUCACGCCCGCCGACCCAGGCCCCCAAACCCAUGGCCCCGGCACCCUCACAGCCACCCCCCAGCGUGCCCAAGGAGACCAUAGUCAAGGUCACUCCCCCUGCCCCCGCUGCCUCUGCCCCACCCAAGACGUCGCCAGCCCCCCCGCCCAAGAGCCCCUCGCCAAGUCCUAUCGCCACGUCCCCGUCCCCCGCUACCUCAAGAGCCGCAACCCCCAGCCAGGACCCCAUCGCCUCCGGCACGUCCUCUGUAACGGGUCAGGUCAGGACGGGCUGGUUGUAGAGUCGGGGCAACCCUCAACCACGCCUCGCCUCCCCAACUCCGCCAUCGAGCUCGCCAGGUUGACCCGCAGCGGACAGUGACGGCAGGAAGGUGAGGCGCAGGCGUGAUAUGAAAACCACCGCCCACGCCCGUGCCCCUCGCCUGGUAUUCCGAGGCAGGGGAGGGCGUGGGCGGUGACUCUACCCCUCACGCUGCAUGAUGUGAGGAAGUCUGUUCAGGUUUAUAUAUAAGCUUAAGGAUGAUUUUUUUCGUUUUCAUCACAUGAAAUCAUUCCUCUUCUUAAAACACACACACACACACACACACACACACACACACACACACACACACACACACACACACACACACACACACACACACAUACACACAUACACACAACUCUGCAUGACUAAAAUUUUGUUAAUUGUUUUCCUCUUCCCCUUCCAUCUCAAGUCUCCUGCCCUCUCCCUUUCCUUUUUUCGUGAGCCUGAAAAUGUUAAGAACGUGGCCCUCUAGAGGUCGAAAUUGUCCUCCUUGCCAUUCUUUCCCCUUUCCUCCACCUACCUCAACUUUUCCUCUCACAACUCAGAUUCACAUUUCUUCAAUCCGUGGCUUGUUUCAUUCAUUACUGCCACAGUUAUACAUUAUUUCAUAUUUGUAUCUUAUUUUACCUGUAAUUUAUGUUCGUUGCAUGUUGACGUGAAGUGUUGCAUGCACUAACUUCUUGAUUUGUAUUCUCUUGUUUUGCAUGUUUUCCGUGACUCGCGAUCUGCAUGUCAGCGAGUCUCGUUCACGUAGUUGCCUUUCUUGGGUGUCGAGGGUAAGGGAGGAGAGCCUGUGGUGUGUAUGCAUGGAAAGGGGGUACCAAGGCAGUGUACGUACCCCCAAUAGUCCGUAGCCUUGCCCGGUAGUCACUGCAAUGUAUAUAUUUUUUCUACAGUUAGCCAUGUAAAGUAUUCCGUUCUCUUCGUGUACAUAGAAAGUGAAAGAAAACGGUCAUGAUCCUGCCGAGGAGGGGGAAGGAAAAUAAUUUACGCUGCCGAGUCUCCUAAAAUCAGGGUGUUAGAUGUGGGAACCAUGUAGCUUGUAUUAGAGGUGAAAAGGAGAAAGGAGGAAAAGAAGGCUGACAGGGGUGAUGUGUAAUGAAGUAGAUAUGCGAAAAGGCUAUAUUGAAGUCUAUCAGUAUUUUCAUGAGAUAUGGCAGAGGAAAAUUGGCAGACCUUUAGCUUGUAGUGGAGGUGAAAAAAAAACAAAGAAAAGAAUGCUGAUAGGGAUGGGUAGGCGGUGGCUGAGGUGUUAGCGUGGUGGGCUCACAUUCACCACGCCAUGGACAACGUCGGUUCGAAUCCCCACGCAACCACCUGGGAUUUUUCAGUCACCGCCGAGUGGCCUAAGAUUACCCAUAUGCUGUCCAGAAGACCACCCAUCAACCCGGACUCUAGAAGAAACCGUCCAGUGAAUCAAGAAUGAGUUUCGGGGGGCAGCAUGAGCCAAACAUAAAUGGCGCCACUAUAAAAAAAAAUUGCCCCUGAAGAAAGCUUACCGGCGCUAUAGGCGGGGAUGUAUAAUGGAGGAGAGGUAAGGGAAAGCCAUAUCUCUUAAGUCUCAAUAUUUUCAUGAACUACGGGAGAGAUAAAUUGCACUACUGAGUUUGCACCUUCUCUUAGGCAGUAUUUUAUUUUUUCUUGCCAAGGUCAAAACUUUAGGAUGACCUUACGCGGGCCGAGAGGAACAAGGCCGUCUCUCAUACCAUGGAUUUCUCUUUUUCAUUGUGUGGUUUACUGCAUGUCAGGGAGAGAACCUAAUACAGUCACCCUUCACAA